UCUCUCUCUCUCUCUCUCUCUCCCGCUGCUCUCUGCUUUUUGGUGGCAGGCAGUCCACACCAACUCCCGUGGUCCUCGCUCCUUCCACUCUUCUCAUUUUGCCCACAGAUGCACAUCAGGCUGGGCUGGGCUGCAACGAGCGUUUCCCUAACAAGUACCUCAACUCCCCCUUCCCACCAUUGACCACUUGCUUCCUCUUCCCUUCCCCUUCUUCCUUUCUUUCUCCAAGCAACUGCUUCGACCGGUGGGAAUUGUUCGUUCAACGAAAGCUUCAAUAGCUCUCUCCUCCAUCCGUACGAGGAACCAAGACACGAGAGCACCUAACAAAGGACACUAGCAAGACAAGACCGAGGGAACCAUUUGCUGGCCUGUUUCCUCUCUCUCUCUUCCUCUUCUUCCUUGCCAACUACCUACCUGCUCUCCGACUCUUACUCUUUUUACCUACCUACUCUCUUCCUCUGCGGAUACUCUGGGUUGGACUUAGCAUGCCAACUUCGGCUUCCAACAGCGACUUCUCCCUCUUGUCUUCCUCUCCCUCCAACUAAACGCCGCACCCCGAAACAACCUGGGCACUUUCCAUCACCCCCCGUCUCCAAUCCACCCCGCCAUCCCUCUUCCUCAACCCAAGUCUCUCUCUCACACACACACCACGCACACCACAAACAUCCAAUAACUCGAACGCACACAAUCAAUCUUUCUCUCUUUCACUUCCUCUCGUACACUUUCUUCUUAUCUAAACCCACCUCUUUCCCUCGCUUGUUGCUAUCACGCACUCUCCCGACCGCCGAGCUGCGUCCAAGCACCCCCCCAAAAAGCAACCCGACCCUUCUUCAACCCAACCAAACUCCCCCUCCACCUCCUUGCCUUUACGAUCACGACGAACGACGAUUACGAACCCCAAAAGUAUGGCCAUGAACGAUAGCGAGGUCAAGGUCGAAAAGAACUCCAGCAUGACUACGCCCGCUUCAGCUCCGGCCCCAGCUGCCGCCAACACCGCUGCCGCUGCCGCCGCAACCACCGAAGACAGUGUAGCUUCUACCAUUACUGUCAACACGAAGACACCUGCCAAUUUCCCUCCUCCCAAGACCGAUAAACCCCGCCCCCAUGUGUGCGCGACUUGUCAGCGCUCUUUUGCCCGAUUGGAGCAUCUGAAACGUCACGAGCGUUCCCACACAAAGGAAAAGCCCUUCGAGUGUCCCGAGUGCACAAGAUGCUUUGCCCGUCGCGAUCUGCUGCUGAGACACCAGCAGAAGCUUCAUCAGACCACCACACCCUCGUCACGUCCUCGCAAUCGUCGUGAGAGCGCUAGCAGUGCUGCACCUGGAGCCCGCGCACGUAAGAAUAGUGUCGCUGGUCCCAAUGCUGCCGCCGCCGCAAAUGCCGCUGCUGCCUCGAUGCGACCCAGGGCAAACACCAUCAGCCAUGUCGACGGCAACGCUAUGCAGAUGAUUGCUGCGGCCAACGCACAGGUAGCUCGAGGCAUGCCUCCUGGCACACACAGCCGUCACCCCAGCCUCGCGGGGUUGCCCGUGCAUAACAUGGACUUUGCCGGCAUGUCGGCUGCGAUGGGUCACAGAGGCAUGUCUCACGGCUUGCCAAAGCUCGAGACGCACGGCAUCAACAAUAUGGACUUUAGCGGCUUGCGGACCGCGCCUCCCAUGGCCGUAUUCAAUCCCGACUUUGACUUCGAGGGUCUGCUGUUCGGCCCGGGCUCCACCAUCAACCCUAACGCGCUCCACUACAAUGAUUCGCCGCAAUCCAUGGCCAUGGACCAAGCUUCGCCGUUUCCCCACGGCCUGGCCGGCGAUAUGUCGGCGACGCAAUUGGACGACAGCUUUGACUGGCUGACCGGCUUCGAGCACCAGAUGUCUUUUCAGGGCGCCGAUAACGCUGUAGACGGGUCGAGUCCCUCGGCAAUUAGCACCACCAGCCAAAGUGGCAUUAGCGAUGUAAUGGUGGACGGCUCCAAUCAUCAUCCUGCUCCGGCAGGAACAAGUUCAAUGUGGCAACCGGCCGUUAUGGGUCCUCCUCAGGUCCCGAACCCGUUUGCCAUGGAUCUAAAUGGUUCGGUCUUCCCAGAUCUCUUAAACGGAGCACCCGUCUCACCACAACCUGCUGCGCAGAAAAUGAACGAUGCCUAUUUCUCGACGCCGCCUCCCUCUCUUAGCUCCCUCAGUCCGUCGAUGGUUUCCGGACUCAACACGCAAAACCUCAACCAAGCGCUCAACUUCAACGGAGGGCCAGAGACCCCCUCGUCCUUGAAUGGCGGUAACCACGGUGUGUCGCCCGUCUCCACCAUUACGGAAACGACCCGAGGUGCCAUCGUUGGUGCUCUUUCGCAAUGCUCUCCCUUUGGUGGACGGAGAUACUCAUUUGCGACUCCAAGCUCGCCAAUGUCGCCGGGCUUUCAGAACACAGCCAACAGUGUUCCAGACCAUGUAAAGAAUUUACCUAGCACUCAAGACUUACAACGAUAUGUUGGCGCUUACCUUCGUUACUUCCACCCUCAUCUGCCGUUUUUGCACAUUCCCACUUUGACUUUUGAGAUGCCACCCACCGCUGCCAACCGAUCCAACACCGUUGGUGGGAGCGGGUGUCUCAUUCUUUCCAUGUCUGCCAUUGGCGCCUUGUACGAAAUGGACCACGUCCAGUCUCGAGAACUUUUCGAGAUGGCCAAGAAAAUGAUUCAACUGUACCUUGAGGAAAGGCGGAAAGCCGACGUGAGAAAGGCCGACUUACGGAGAGCUCCAGCAUCUGACCCGACGUCUCACAACCAGGAAUCAUCUGUUCACACCCCGGUAUGGUUGGUGCAAGCCAUGCUCCUGAAUGUCGUCUACGGCCACAACUGCGGGGACAAGACGGCCAGCGAUAUCGCCUCCACUCACUGUGCUGCUCUUGUCAGCUUGGCCCAAGCUGCCGACUUGCUCCGCCCCAUUCGCGUGGAAUCCACAGAAGCUCAUGAUACCCACAUGCAUGACGAUACGUGGAGCGGCCUUCGGUCGGACUCCGAGGAGCAUGCGGAGUGGCUCCAAUGGAAGGUGAUGGAGGAACGCAAGCGUACCCUCUACGUCGUCUUCAUCCUCUCAAGCCUUUUGGUUGCCGCAUACAACCACACUCCGGCUUUGACCAACUCGGAGAUCCUGCUCGACCUGCCUUGUGAUGAGGACUUCUUCGCUGCCGAGAGUGCCACGGCCUUCGCGGCCAAGGGCGGUAUCCGCGCCGCAAACCACAACCGGAUGACAUUCCACGAAGCCUUGGGCGACCUCCUCAGGUCUAACGAGAAGCAACAGAAGCAGCUUGCCUUCCAGAAUGGCCAACAAGUAAUCGGGCAAGGUGGCAUGAACGACUUUAAGAGCGAUCUCAAGCCAUCGACGUUUGGCUGUCUCAUCUUGAUCAACGCACUUCACAACUACAUCUGGGAGACCCGUCAGCGCCAUCACAACAAGGUAUGGACCAACGAGGAAACCGAAAAGAUGCAUCGCCACAUUGAGCCAGCCCUGAAGGCCUGGCAGGCAGCCUGGGCAAGCAAUCCGAACCAUAGCCUCGAGAGACCGAACCCUUUCGGGCUUGGACCGCUGUCUGCCGAUGCCAUUCCGCUUCUCGACUUGGCCUACGUACGACUUUUCGUAAACCUCGCUCGGUCGAAGGAGAAGUUUUGGCAACGUGAUUGGGAUGCCAUGGCUGACGAGCUGUCCCGGGGCAGCGAGAUUGUCCAGCACGCCGAGCAUUCACCCGCCUCCAACCCGGAAUCGACAGGCACAGAUCAUUCUGAUAAUUCGGUCUCAAGCUCUGUAUUCGUCGAGUCCCCGGCGACCCAGUCAUCGUCAUCUCCAGAGUUUUCUGCCGUCAAAUUCCAGCAGGCCCAGGCUGCCCCAAACCGGUCCACUUCUCGUAGAGAGAAGCAUCUUCGCAAGGCCGCUUUUUACGCAGCAGACUCGCUCGCCAUGUCCGACAAGCUAGGUGUCACAUUUGCUGAUUUCUCCAGCAGAGAGUUGCCUCUACAGUCAGCCAUGUGCGCAUUUGAUUGUGCUCAAGUACUGGCUGAAUGGGUUGCAACUUUGCAAGAUCGAGUAGGCCGUUACCUGGGAGUUCUCGGUCAGGAUGAUGUCGACCUAUCGCAAGUCCCUGCAAUUAUGCUGCUGGAGGAGGAAGAUGUUAAAUUGCUCGGCAAGGUCCAGGAGGUGUUGGCCUCUGCCGAGAUGAAGAUGAAUUUUGAGCUUGUACAAGGAAACAUCGCGGGCGUCGAUACAAGGAUGCAAAUGGACGAUCACGCAGGCCACGCCGCCAAAAUUCUCAGAGUCACGGCCUACAUGCUCGAUAAAGCCGCUGUCUGGCCAGUCACUCACUUGAUGGCCCGAUGCCUCGAGACUCACGCUACUCACAUGCGAGCCAGGGCCGAGAAGUCUGUCAUCCCUUGCGACUAGGGUGUUGAUGUACGAGGUUUUGUGGGAUGCCAAUAACGUUCGACUGCUCUCAUUGGAGAAGAGAGAGAUAAGCUGGAGGUUGCCGGCGACCACGUCCAGUUGCUAGAGGGCACACUGAUGGACGAGGUUGCAGAUAUCGACGGGACGCAAAAAAGGGGCUGGAGGCCGAGGAACGAGAAAAGUCCCGAUACAUGGAGCCGACAACCAAGAUAUCCGACACUUUUGUGGGAAAAGCCAAAAAAGUUUCUAAAUGACGUUACGACGUGUUCCCGGCUGGGAAGCAUAUUUCAAAGCACGGCAUACUACAACGCCGCCAUUGUUUACGUUGACGCUGCCAAGCGAUCCGAUCAUUCUUUCAUCAGAAUAUGACGCAGCGAUGAAUACUGUACAUCAAAAAGUUUGCUUGUUCCCCAAGCUACACCGAAUGAACACGAAAGGUCAUCAACUUCGCACCCAGGCUGGUCAGUCUGCAUCGAGCAAGUCUCUCGGAGACUUGGUGCCAGUCACGUCUCAGGGGAUCUUCAUUGCAGGAAGAAGCCUGUUGAACCGGAGUUGUGUGAUCUUGGAUUGGACUGGGUUGGGGCGGCGUUUGUUCUUUUCUUUCCACUUCUUUUGCGGAUGCGAUGUGCCAACUCGAACUUGAAAGCCAAAUGUUGGUUCCCAGUCAACCUCCUCCGGCUUGAGUGGCACAUUGGCAAUUCGCUUCACUAGUCCCUACCGCGGCACUGCCACUUCUCAGGUAUGCUGAAGCAGUGUUCGGCGGUUGAGGCUAGUGUUCCCAGCACAGCCUUAUUGAUCAUGUCAUCGUCGAUCGACUUGAUGGUUGACAUAGUCGGAGGGCCUUUCUGGUAAUUUUCAUGUAGUAAAAUACCGGGGUAGGACAUCGAACGAGGUUGGAUACGUGGUCUAUCAGCUUUCCCUGCGCAGGAGAUCCGGUAUCUUGUAAAAAAGGGUGGACGGAUGGGGGAUUGUAUGGAUGAAGAUACCGAGUUGAUAUUGAGGUUCGCGCCAUGCCAUCUUAUUCCGCUUUUCAACUGGAUAUGCGACGGAAAAGCAGGUUGGUGCAGGAUCUAGAUAUACCGGCAGGGUCAUGCUUGAGGACGAACCCAUCAAAAUGGGAUAGGGAAAAAAUACAAUCAAAAGGAAUGAGAUGAGAGACGAAGCCCACCUUGAUUUAGUUUCUAAUGUGAAGGCGCUUGCUUGCUUGUAUCCUUCCACCUACCUAGUACCUAAAUACUCGGUGGGCGAGGUUUUGCGCGUCAGGGGCAACAAGAUGUGCCUUUGGCGGUGCUAGUAUUCUCGAUCCAAUCACCUCCGCUCACGAGUUGGCUGUUGGCGUGAUGCCGUCCACAGCGUGCUGGUCGAAAUUAUGGGCGUACGGUAUGGCCUGAGACUUUCCG